GAUAAAGGAAUUAUUUCUAGGAGUAGUGGAAGUUUACGAAGAAGUUGGAGUGCUAUAAGAAAACAAAAGAGAGAUAUUGAACAAAUGGUUACUUUAAAUGAAGCUUAUUCAAUUAUUCAUUUAUGUGCUGGGGAAGUAUUAUCAAGAGGAUUAGGUGAAGAUAAUUUAUUCUCACCUGUUGAUAAUGAGGAUAACCCUGAUGAGGUCAGGUACCUUAUCAAUUGCCUUUUACGUGAAAAUCAUACGGAAUUCGAAGAUGAACUUAAGUUUCAAGACAUUCGUAAUAUAGUCUCAGGUAUUAGGUGGACUCUUAGAAGAUGUGUCACUAGUAUAGUGACAUAUAAGAAUUACGAAAAUUUUGUUCGCUUAGAAAGUGAAUUACAAUACGAUGCACGUAAAGGCAUAUUCAAUCAAUUCUUAUCCAAUCUUUCAAAACCAAGUCAAGCAAUUCUUCUGGAAUUAUUUGAAUUAUUUUCUCAAGUAAUGACUCAAGCUCAUAUAAACAAAAUUCCUGCUCAAAGAGUACUCAAAUCAAUGGCUCAUUAUAUUAUCGGUGAUAAAGAAUUAAAAUUUGAAAAUUUUAGUGCUGCUUAUACAAAAUGGUUAAGAUGCUCUAACGCAUGUACUCAUUUAUUCCUUGCUUAUUUACGUGAAAGAGCUUGUUCUGCUAGCCUUCCUCCUCGUUUAAAUAUUUUAUUGGAUGGUUAUGUUCAAUUUCGUAAAAAAUCAAGAUCUUCUCCUGAUUAUCAUCAUCCUUUAGCCGAUAUUACUAUUGAAGAUUUACAAUUAAUUAUUAGACCAAAAAAACAACGCCAGAAGAAUAAUGUAAUCCCUCGACAGAUUGAUUCUAUAAGGAAUAGUGGUCUAUCUCGUCAAUUCGAUCCCACAAAGAAUAAUAACGAUCCUACAAAGAUUAAUAAUGGUGUUUCACGACGAUCCGGUUCAUUAACCAUUGCUGAAAUGUUUCCUGAUAUUGCCGAAUCUUUGGAUUCUCUAAGACGAAAAACUACUUAUCAAAAUUUGGAAAAUAUUAUUGAAGAUUCUCAAACUGCCGCUCAAAAAUGGGAUGAAUUACAAAUUAAAGGAUUUAAUGUCCUUUCUGAAGAAGCUUUAAAAUUAUUCUUUGCUUAUGAUGAUAGAAGUUCAAAUCCUUGUGCUAGUAUUGUAAGAAGACGUAGUAGAAAAUUUAAUAAGAAAAAUUUUGAUCAAAGAUUUUUAGAAAUUCUUCCAAAUAUUGAAAUUGAUAGUGAAACAUUAAGAGAUAGUUUUUUUCAAUCUGGUGGAAAUAAUUCUAAAGUUUCUUUACGUGCAACUGUUGUAUGGGAUGAAUUUGAAAAAAAAGGUUUUAGAGAUUCUGUUGAUACUAAUUCAAAUGCCCUUAGUCUUUGUUCUACCUUAGGACCAUCAACUACUUCUGUACCUAUAUCCGAAGUAACUGAAACUGAAGUAACCAAUUUUGAAGUUAAUGAAAUUAAUGAAAUUAAUCAACCGCUAUCGCAAAAUAAUGAAGAAAUACAAAUACGAACUCAAGAAAGAUCUUUACCUAUAAAUCGUCGUACUAAACGGAAAAAUAAACCUUUUAGAAAAACUUUUUGCUUUUUAUGUGUACGUCCUGGUUCAAGUUUUUCAGGUUUUUCCGUUACAAUGGAAACGGACGAAGAUCAAGAUGUAACAAAAGAUAAUUUUAUGGAUUCUCACGUGACCAUAGAACCUAUUAACAAUAGUUUCCCAUACAUGUGGGUCGAAUCUAGUGCUAAUGAGAGAAAUAAAAAAGAACCUUGGGAAUGGGUUUUUGUCGAACCUCGAGAUGAGAGACAUGAAACUGAAUGGAUAAUGUUUGAAGAUAAAAAACGAUUCUUUUCCGAACGAGAAAAAGAAAAACGUAGAACGCGUAAAAGAUCUCUUUUGAACGCUUUAAAUACAAUUAAUGCUAAUAUGCCAUGGUCAAAAUCUAAUCGUAGAAAUCGACCAAAUAAAUUUAUAAAUAAGAUAAAGACUUCGAUUCAACAAACUCGAUCAAGUCCAACAAGAAUUCCACCAGAAAGUGAACUUGAAUUACGGAAUUCAAAAGAAAAUGGUGAAGGUUCAGGUUCAUCACUAAUAUCACAUGGAUAUGAUAAUCUUUCAGUUUCUUCAUUGGCAUAUAAUCAAGAUCAAUAUAAUGAACAAUCUUAUGUGUUAGCGAGCAGAAGAAUUUUACAACCACAACAAUCAAAUUAUCAUAUGUUAACUGAGGGACCAUCAUAUUCAUCAUAUCAAAUGCCUAUUAUACAAUCAAAAAAACAAGAAAUGAAUAGGGAAAUUAUUAAAUUUUAA